AUGGUGAGGAAGGCAGUGUUGGAGAGGGUGAGGGUGGGAGUGGUGGUGGCGGUGGGAGUGACGGGCAAUGGUGGUGACAGUGGGGGUAAUGGUGGGGCUGAUAGUGGGGAUGGUAGUUGGGGUAGAGAUAGGGGUAAUGGUGGUGGUGGCGAUGGUGGUGGUGGCGGCGACUACGAUGAUUGUGGUGGUGGUGGUGAUAAGGGCAGCAGUGGUGGUGAUAGCCAUGAUAAGAUUGGCGGUGGCGAUGGUGGUUUGUCGAUAAUGGUGGGGGAGGUAGUGGUGGAGGAAUUGGGGGUGGUAAUGGUAGUGGUUGUGGCGGUGGGUGUGAUGAUGGUGAUGAUGCUGGUAGUGACUAGCAGUGGUGGUGACACUGAGGGUAAUGGUGGGGCUGAUAGUGGGGAUGGUAGUUGGGGUGAAGAUGAGGGUAAGGGCGGUGGUGGCGGCGUUAGUGAUGGUGAUGGGGCUGGCGGUGGAGGUGACAGUGGGGGUGGUGUGGGGGUAAAGGCGGUGGUGGCAGUGGCAGUGAUUGUGAUGGUGCUGGCGGUGGUGGUGACGGUGGGAGCGGCGACGGUGGCGGUGAUGGUGAUGACGCUGGCUUGUAAAGAAAAGAGAGGGUGGAAUUUUCAACUCAAGUUAUGUUUGUAG